UCGAUUUUUGCCCAGUUCUUCAGUAUGUAUGCAGUACAUGACUUUGUAACUUUGUGUUAGAUUUUAUAAAUUCUUAGACAGGAAAACCGAAAAAAUUGCAGACGGCCCGUCGGAGAAAACAUGGGAAAAGGAAGGGACAUUUCCAUAAAGAAUUUAACAGAAGAUGACAUAAAACAGGCAUUUGAAAAGACACAAAGCAAGUUUGAGAAGAUUCAAGGCUUCAAGUUGAUUAGAAUUACUGAAGAGUACUACGAUAAAGCAUUGCAGUUGUGUCGAGAGCAUUUCGUACCUCAAGAGCCUCUGAUGAAAUCCGUAGGUGCACCAUGGUGCGAGACAAUAGAAUCAUACUGGUUAGCUGCUCUAAAACUCAACCUUUCGCUUAUGCUUAUAGACAAAGACACGGACGAAGCUGUUGGUUUCCGGACGAUAAGAUACGAAUUCAAAGAUGAGGAGUUAGAUCUUAAAGGUACCAUACCAGAACCAUUACAAGUGCUCCUGCAAUAUAUUCUCUACUGUGAAGAAAAAGCGAGUUUCUUUGAUCACUAUAAUAUACAAGAGACAACACAUUUUCUGUCGCUUGUAGUUGCUGCCAAAUACCAGAGGCGUGGUUAUGCUACAAAGAUAUUCCAUGCAGCGAUAGAUAUGGUGCGAAACCUUGGUUUAGACCAAGUGUAUAUCAAAGGUAAAGGCACGUCCAAUUUCUCCAAGAAGAUUUAUGAAAAAGAGGGUUUUGACAUUCUGUAUGAACAUAUGUAUAACGACUGGGUUGUCGACGGAGAGAAACCGUUUAGUAAUACUGGUGAACACAAAUCAAUGAAAAUAUAUGGACGGAAAAUUACACAAAGUUAAUAAAAUAAAUAUUUCAAGCUCCGCCCACAGCUCCCGAGUAUAGAGGGUGUUCACCAUGAUAGUGCCAGUCACUCUGUUCGCUGCAGACAGGACUGACGAACAAGAGUGGGUAAUAUCAUUAGUAAGUUGACCAAAUUUAUAGAAUGUAAUAAUAAUAAUGAUAAUAAUAUUAAUAAUAAUAAUAAUGAAAAAAAACCCUCAAUAUUCCGGACUUAUGUAUUAUCCCAUAAGCGCACAUGUUUAACAGUUUAAAAUUAAGGUAAUCUGUAUAACGGAUAAUACUGUUCUAAAUAUCACUAUUAGAUCAUUAUAUAGAAAUAUUGUGAAGCAGUAUUUUUGCAAAUAUUUCAUCACAGUUGAAUCUGUUAAAUUAUAAUUCGCUCAAACGUUUCCUUUCUGUCCGGAGCCAAACUGGAGAAAUUCGUAGAAAGAUACAAUAACUUACUUGUGCGUCAGUUUUAUUUAACAGUUAGAAAGUUCUGAUGUUUGACCAUUCUACAUGUUAUGUUCUAACUCAGUUCACCGAUUAAGGGGAAGUAACUCGAACAACCAAUAGCAAGGUGUGAUAAAGAGUUACACGUAGUGAAACAGGAGAUACAGGCUCCUGGGUCCCUCACUCAUCGCAAGAUGACUUAACAGUUGUCUUAUCCAAUACUUAUGUACGAGGAACCUUCGGAGCUUGAAAUAAUAUACUAUAAAAAGGGAAGUUUUAAAUAAACAGAAGUACCGAAAGACAGUUUUGACAAAUUAUUUCUCCAAUUAUUAACGCAUUUGCUCUUCCAGAGAUAAUAGGAAUUCUUAAAAUGAUGGUUACAGAACAUCUCGUAAUUUGAUUUGUUUAUUUUUUAUGUUUUGGUCAGCUGAAUUUCAAUGAAAUUACAUUUAAAGAUUUGAUAUACCUUUUAAUCUUUUGCCACUAAUUUUUUUUAUAAUUAGUUUUCUAAUCUUUUUUUUUACAAAUAAUCGCCACGGGUCUAAGAGAAAACGUUCUGAUAUCAGCUUUUCUCGUGCCUGGUAACUGUAUGGAGGAGCUGUAAAGUUCAAAUAAACUGAUGAUAUAUGUUAUGUUCUGUUCUGUUCUGUUCUUUUCUAAAUACAUGUAUAUACAUAAUUAAAUAUUAAAGGUUAUGUUACGCAUAAAACAUGAAUUUGUCAAUCAUUUUUUGUUUGUUCAGUGACGAGAAAUUACACUGUAGUUGUUGUGAAGUUUCAUGGUUAAAAAUGGCUUAUGACAAAGAGGACUGUAUAGAUUUACGUGAUCUUGAUUUAGACGACUUGCUUGGUGAAUUCACUAGUAGUGAAAUAGAGGAUUCUGAU